UAUUUUGAUGUUGACACCAAAUUGUGGAAGCCUUUGGCAUCGGUUGCUCAGCUAGAUGAAACGACUGAUGUGUGUUGUUCUGCAGAAUUGAUUGGAAGUUACUUGUUUGUAGUCACAGGGGUGCAAGUUAGGUCAAAUAGUGACUGUGACUAUGUUGUAUACCGUUAUCACAUAUUAAAUAACGAGUGGGAGAAACUUCCAGAGUUGAAAAUAAGGGAAUCAUAUCAACAUUUGGACAUCGGGAGUAAGAUUUGCGUAUGCUCAGUCAGUGGGUAUUUGUAUGUCAUUACUCAAUCAAAUCCUCCCCAAAGGUAUUCUUUGAGCACUGGCGUUUGGCAAGCUGGGAAAGAGUUGAAUUUUGUCAAAAAUGUACAACGUGACAAAGAAAGGUUCGAUUCUGUGGCGGCAACAGUAAUGAAUUGUAAAAUAUAUGUAAUUCAUGGCUAUCAAGCAGUUGAUUAUCUUAUGCAUUCAUUUUUCCCAGUGGGUCAACAAACCAGCGGUAGUGCAUUGUUUUGACCCAGAGAAAAAUGAAUGGGAACGUAAAGCUUCGACCUGCCAUCCUCAUUUUGGGUCUAGUAUUUUUGUAGUCAAUAACAGACUAUGUGUGGCAGGGGGUUCAAGCAUAAAUCGUUCAGGGGCCCAGGUGGUGGAAUUGUAUGACAAACGUAAUGACACCUGGUCUGUUGUGGAGCAGAAACAUAUCCCGAAAAACAACUUAGGUGCAUUUGAAAUUGAAAGGAGGGUGUAUUUCUUAAUUAACAAUUUUCCUAUUGACAGUGGUAUUAGAAUUCCUCCGGAGGAAAAUUAUCCUGUCCACUUAGGUGAUGAAUGGAAAGACUUAGCAAAAGUAAGUAGAGAAGCAGUCUUGUGUUAUUUGCCUGUCAAGAAAGAAAACUUAAGAUGA